GGCGCCUCUGUGAGAAAGUCCCACUGUAAGAGGCCCUGGGGCAUUAUCAUUUCCUUCUUUCACCCUGUCUGGGUUGCCAGCAAAUCCCCAGGGCUCUCUGAGCCUGGAGUGUUGGAUUAGGUCCCUCCAGCUGCUGGAAAGAUGAACUCCUGCAUCAUCGUAAUGAGGCUCCUGCUGUCUGGGCCUUUUCUCUUUGCCCCCGCCUCAGGCUACAACUUGGAAGUACGGCACGUGCAAAACUUCUCCUUCCCACUCGCCGGGAGGCAUUUUGGGUACCGAGUCCUGCAGGUUGGAGACAGGGUUAUCGUGGGAGCUCCAGGUGAGGGGAACAGCACGGGAAACCUCUAUCAGUGCCAGCCAGACACUGGCCACUGCCUUCCAGUCAGCCUGAGUGGUUCCAACUAUACCUCCAAGUACUUGGGGAUGACCUUGGUGACAGACUCCACAAGUGGAAAUAUUUUGGCCUGUGAUCCUGGGCUGUCUCGUAUGUGUGACCAGAAUGUCUACCUAAGUGGCCUGUGUUACCUUUUCCACCAGAAUCUGAGGGGUCCUGUGCUGCAAGGGCGCCCUGGUUAUCAGGAAUGUAUAAAGGGCAACGUGGACUUGGUAUUUCUGUUUGAUGGUUCAAUGAGCUUGCAGCCAGAUGAAUUUCAGAAAAUUCUGGACUUCAUGAAGGACGUGAUGAAGAAGCUCAGCAACUCUUCCUACCAGUUUGCUGCUGUUCAGUUUUCCACGGACUGCAAAACAGAAUUUAAUUUCUUGAAAUAUGUUAAGGUGAAGAACCCUGAUGUUCUGCUGGGCAAAGUAGAACACAUGCGCCAGUUGACCAACACCUUUGGUGCCAUCAACUAUGUCGCGACAGAGGUGUUCCGGCAAGACUUGGGGGCCCGGCCAGAUGCCACCAAAGUGCUUAUCAUCAUCACUGAUGGGGAAGCCACGGACCACGUCAACAUUGACUCAGCCAAAGACAUCAUCCGCUACAUCAUUGGGAUUGGAAAGCAUUUUGCAACCAAGGAAAGUCAGGAAAGGCUCCACGAAUUUGCCUCAAAACCCGCGAAGGAUUUUGUCAAGAUUUUGGACAAGUUUGAGAAGCUUAAAGAUCUGUUCACUGAGCUGCAAAAGAAGAUCUAUGUCAUAGAGGGCACAAGCAAACAGGACCUGACAUCCUUCAACAUGGAGCUGUCCUCCAGUGGGAUCAGCGCUGACCUCAGCCAUGGCCAUGGCAUCGUGGGGGCAGUCGGAGCCAAGGACUGGGCUGGGGGCUUUCUAGACCUGGAGGCAGACCUGCAGGAUGAUAGAUUUGUUGGAAAUGAACCACUGACACCAGAAGCUAGAGCAGGAUAUUUGGGUUACACAGUGACCUGGCUGCCCUCCCAAAGGCUCACUUCCCUGCUGGCCGCUGGAGCCCCCCGACACCAGCAUGUGGGGCAGGUGCUGCUGUUCCAGAAGUCAAAGGACAGAGGACACUGGAACCAAAUCCAGAAGAUAGACGGGAGCCAGAUUGGCUCUUACUUUGGUGGUGAGCUGUGUGGCAUUGACAUGGACCAAGAUGGGGAGACAGAGCUGCUGCUGAUCGGAGCCCCCUUGUUCUAUGGGGAGCAGAGAGGAGGCCGGGUGUUUAUCUACCAGAAAAAACAGCUGGGGUUCGAAGUGGUCUCAGAGCUGCAGGGGGACCCUGGCUACCCGCUUGGGCGAUUCGGAGCAGCCAUCGCGGCCCUGACGGACAUUAAUGGGGAUGAGCUGGCGGACGUGGCGGUGGGGGCCCCUCUGGAGGAGCAGGGGGCUGUGUACGUCUUCAAUGGGCAGUACGGGGGGCUGAGCCCCCGGCCGAGCCAGCGGAUUGAAGGGACCCAGGUGUUCUCAGGAAUUCAAUGGUUUGGACGCUCCAUCCAUGGGGUGAAAGACCUCGGAGGAGACGGCCUGACAGAUGUGGCUGUGGGAGCUGAGGGGCAGGUGAUCGUGCUCAGCGCCCGGCCUGUGGUGGAUGUCCUCACUCAGAUAUCCUUCUCCCCGGCGGAGAUCCCAGUGCAUGAAGUGGAAUGCUCCUAUUCAACCAGUAACAAGAAGAAAGAAGGAGUUAACAUCACGGUGUGUUUCCAGGUCAAGCCUCUCACCCUCCAAUUUCAAGGGCUCCUGGUUGCCAACCUCACUUACACUCUGCAGCUGGAUGGCCAUCGGACCAGAAGCCGGGGGCUGUUCCCAGGAGGGAGACAUGAACUCAGCGGGAAUGCAGCGGUCACUGGAGACCCGACCUGCACCAAGUUCUGGUUCCACUUCCCGGUAUGCAUUCAAGACCUCAUCUCUCCCAUCAACGUCUCUCUAAAUUUCUCUCUCUGGGAGGAAGAAGGGACACCGAGGGACCAACAUACGCAGGGCAAGGACAUACAGCCCAUCCUGAGACCCUCACCACACGCAGAGGCCAAGGAGAUCCCUUUUGAGAAGAACUGUGGGGAGGACAAGAAGUGCGAGGCCGACCUGGGGCUGUCGUUCUCGUCUGCAGGAUCCAGCGUCCUGCGUCUGACCCCCUCCGCCAGCUUCUCUGUGGAGCUGAUACUGAAUAACUUGGAAGAGGACGCCUACUGGGUCCACCUCCACCUGAGCUUCCCCCGGGGACUCUCCUUCCGCAAAGUGGAGAUGCGCCAGCCCCACAGCCAGAUACCUGUGAGCUGCGAGGAGCUUCCCGAGGUAUCCGAGCUUCUGACCAGGAUCCUCUCUUGCAAUGUGAGCUCUCCCAUCUUUAAAGCAGGUAGCUUGGUUGCCAUCCAGGUGAUGUUUCAUACGCUGCUGAACAGCUCCUGGGGGGACUUUGUCGAGCUGCACGCCAAUGUGAGCUGUGACAAUGAGGACUCAGACGUCUUGGGGAACAACUUGGCCACCACCAGCAUCCCCGUCCUGUACCCCAUCAACAUCCUCACUGAGGACAAGGAAACCUCCACACUGUAUGUCAGCUUCACCCCCAAGGGCCCCAAGAGACACCUUGUCAAACACUUCUACCAGGUGAGGAUUCAGCCUUCUGUCUAUGACCACAACAUGCCUGCCCUGGAGGCCUUGGUUGGGGUGCCAGGGCCUCACAGCGAGGGGCCCAUCACACACAAGUGGAGUGUGCAGAUGGAGCCUGCUGUGACCUGCCAUCCUGAGGAUCUCGAGAGGCUGCCCAGUGUGGCUGAGCCUUGUUUGCCCAGAACCAAGUUCCACUGCCCACUUGUCUUCAAGGAGGAGAUCCUCGUCCAAGUGAACGGGACUGUGGAGCUGGUGGGAGAGAUCGAGGCCCCCUCCGUGUUCAGCCUCUGCAGCUCUCUCUCCAUCUCCUUCAACAGUAGCAGGCAUUUCCACCUCUACGGCAGCAAUGCCUCGCUGGCCCAGGUCGUCAUGAAGGUUGACAUCAUCUACGAGAAGGAAAUGCUCCACGUGUACGUGCUGAGCGGCAUCGGGGGGUUCCUGCUGCUGCUGGUGAUUUUUGCUGUCCUCUACAAGUUUGGCUUCUUCAAACGGAACCUGAAGGAGAAGAUGGAGGCUACUGCAGAAGCUUCCAAUGGAAUCCCUAGAGAAGACUCUGAGAAGCCAGUGUCCAAGGAAGAGGCUGGGGACCCGGGCUGCCUGGAACCCCUCCAGGAGGAGGAGGCCCAAGAUGGAGACGGCAAAGACUGAGGCCCCGGCCUGAUGCAGAGGGCCCACAACUGGACUCGGGAUGCCGGCUGGCUCUCUGCCUCUACCUGUGUCUUGCUGUGUGUCUUCGGGCAAGUCACUGCCCCCACCUGGGCCUCCGUGUCGCUGUCUGGAACACGGCGCUCACUGCGGGCUCUGCAGGCUCAUGGUGAGGGUCCCUGAGGGAUGGGCGGGCAGACCACAGAGGGGAGGCCUUGUCAUGGUCAGCUGGCUCUGGCUGCCCCCGGUCCUUCUUAGUAUCCUCCCCUGGAAGAUAAUAUGUGAUCUAAAUCUGGAGAAACUGUCAUCUCAGGACCUAGUGACUCUCCCACCCCUCACACCCACCUGCCUUUGGAUGUCCGCAGAGGCCUCAGACUCCCAGAACCUUGCCCUUCGCUCUGUCCUGCCCGGAGUCCUGUCAGCUUUCCAUCUGCCGCCGGAAAGCAAACCUGAUCUGUGUCACUACUUUGCUGCUGCAAACCCCUUGCUCUGGGGCUGGAGACCAAGUUCCUGAGCAUGCCUUCCAGAAUCUGCAGAAUAUCCUUAACAUGCCAGUGCAAAUUCGGGCCCCUGUUGCCUUCCUGGCCUCCUCCAGAGACUCCCCACCUCCCUUCCUGAGCUCCAGUUACACCAACCUUCCUCAUGAGCCAAGCUCCUUCCUGUCUCACUGCCUUCACCCAGACUGCUCCCUCUGCCUGGAACAUUCCUCUCCAGCCCUUUCCCUGACCGACUUUCACUCAGCCUUCUAUCUCAGCUCCAGUAGAACUGCCUCAGGGCAGCCCCCGCCCCCGCCCCAAAGGGGUUCCCAUAUCACACAUGCUUACCCUCGCCUGCACUCUCCCUCAUAGCGUGGAUUAUGUUUGCUACUUAAUGUUCAUCUCUCAAAUCCAGCCAUGGACUAGGUGGGGGUAGGGACCAUACCGGUCAUGUUCACCUUGGUGACAUCACAGAGCCGGCCACAGUAGGCGCCCGACGCAAUUUCACCAAACUAGGGAGGGUGUCUGUGGGAAGACGGAGAAAAUUUUGGGUGGGCCCAUGGCGUCUCCACCCUUCAAGGCUCGGUCUUUCCCCAGGCUCUGGCCUCCUUGCUCCACAGCCCCCACGGGGACGCCCCACGCCCCACCGUGGCCCCCACUGGGAGGCUGUGAGCUCAAGGCGCCCGUCAUGUCUAUCCACCUGGCUCCCGGCACCAGACACAGUGCCUGCCUGUGUUUACCCAAUAAAUGGGAAAAUCCAUCCAAUUUUGUGAUGUUUUUAUGCUGGUGCCCCAUUCUGGCCUGGCUCAAUUAAAUGAACAUUUCCUUCUCAACCCUUUCUCUAAGUGGGACCCAAACAGCUGUUCUCUUUUUUCUUUUCUUUUUUGUUAUGACAACCCUCAGAGACUGACCUGCAUAAGGCAUUGACAAUUCAUUAAGGUGUGAGAAUAGACCCUCCUUGGCCUUUUUCUAAAAAAACAACAAUUGGUGGGGCUUGAUUCCCGAGGCCCCCACCUUUAGGAGGGACAGAGGGGCUCCUCACUGCUGCCCUCUUGUGGUCAGUAGGACCCCGGGAGCGGCGGGGGGCACAGAAUAGGGAGUAAUUCUCAGCCCAGCUCUCUGGGUCCAGCACUGGUUGCUGAGAAGCAUUUGGUCUCCCAAGCAGUGACCUUUGAGGGCUCCCUUCUGCUUACAGGGUGUAAGCGAACGUUCUCAAGCCUGGCACACAAGACCCAGAACAGUAUUUCAGAGCCUGCCGGCCUCUUCCACCUCCUCAACCCCCUUCUGGUCCAGCACCCAAGGAACCAUGGGGCUGGCUCAUAAGAAAGACCUCAGGAAGGAAGAAGUGAGGCCCAUUUUCCCAGAGAGGGAGAAAAAGGGUUAUAAUGGUCAGAAAUAUCACAGAAAUGCUAAAAAUGCAUGAAGUUAUCCGUAGGUCUCGUGAAGCCCGUCGGCUUCUAUGGAUUCACGCAGUAUUUCUUGAGAGUUCUGUGUCAGAGCCUGCUCUGUGCCCCGAGGACACGGUGAUGAACAUGACAGACAAGUCCCUGCCCCCAGGAAACAUCAACCCAGUGGGAAAACAGAGUGAAAAGGUAGAAAUGUGAUUCCACGUGGGCGAGGGGGUUGUGAAGAAGAUAAAACAGGAUAGCAGGCUGGAGAGUGAUGGGGAGGGCCCUCUUACAUCGGUGAUGCUCUGUCACACACACACACGCAAAAAGUGAAUAUUUUCAUCAGGGUUGGGAGCAAAAUAGCACAGAAAAUCUGGGAGGUUCAUUUCAGGAACAGACCUGCCCAGGAAUCUAUAUCCCCACUCCCUUAAGAGCUCCCAUCCUCAAUUUCCUACAUGUCCUUCACCGCCUGUGUCUUUGCAAAUGCUGUUCCCCUUGCCAGCGCAUCCAAUUCCAGCCCCUUUCUAUCCUUUAAAAUCUCCCUACUUCAGGGGCGCCUGGGUGGCUCAGUUGGUUAAGCGACUGCCUUCGGCUCAGGUCAUGAUCCUGGAGUCCUAGGAUCAAGUCCCGCAUCGGGCUCCCUGCUCAGCAGGGAGUCUGCUUCUCCCUCUGACCCUCAUGCUCUCUCUCUAUAUAUAUAUCUCAUUCUCUCUCUCAAAUAAAUAAAAUCUUUAAAAUAAAUAAAUAAAUAAAUAAAAUCUUCCUACUUCAAAGCACUUCCAAGCUUUUCUCAUCCCCUCAGUUCCUAGACAAAAUGACCCAUUUCAUCUUCACUUUAUACCCCUUCAGAACACAUAACACGGUGUGGGCUCCUCUCUCAAGACUGGGAGGUUCUAGAAGGCAAGAUUCAGUCUUUGCUCACUUGUGUUACCAACACUGACCCCUCCCCAGGGCUGGCAACAAAGAAGACAUUCAAUAAGUGUUUGAUUCAGUGGCCUUCACAUGUUUUGGGCUCAGGACCUCUUUAUACUCUUAAAAAUUAAAGAUCCCCAGACUUUUUGUUUAUAUGGGUUAUACCUAUUGGUGUUUGUCCAGUUAGAAAUUCAAAUGGCGAAAAAUUUAAAACAUAUGGAGACCCAAGUCCACAUUGCUCACAAGCUGUCCGAAUGAUGACAUAUGUUCUCACAGGCCAUGUAGCCUCUAGAAAACACCAUCCUCUUGGCACAGAGUGAAAAAGUAACACCUUAGUAUCAUUGGGAAAAUGGUCAAAACUAGUCAGGUUUGAGUCCAGGCUCUGCUGCUUCGCAGCUGUGCCAGGUGGGGCCAUUACUUACCUUCUCUGGGACUCAUUUCUUCAUCUGUAAAAUGGGAAUAAUAAUGGUAUAUCCCUCAGAGCUCUUGUGAACAUGAUAUAACACUUGCAAGUGGUCUAGAACUUUGGGGAGCACAUCUGUGCUUGAUAAAGGUGGGGAAUAAAAAUGGUUUAGUUGUGGGGAUGCCUGGGUGGCUCAGUUGUUUGAGCGUCUGCCUUUGGUUCGAGUCGUCGUUCCAGGGUCCUGGGAUCGAGUCCUGCAUUGGGCUCCCUGCUCAGCGGGGAGUCUGCUUCUCCCU